AUGGCCCAGGCAGUCCACCACAUCAACUCUCUCGCGGAGCUGCAAGCCCUCUUCUCGUCGGCCAUGUACGUCGCGGUUGACUUUUCCGCCGAGUGGUGCCAGCCCUGCAAAAUGAUUGGCCCCAUCUUCCAAAAGCAGGCCGCCCAGCACGGCAGACCGGGCUUCUUGGCGUUUGCCAAAGUCGACGUCGACCGAGCCAAGGAGGUGGCAGAGAAGUACCGCGUCUCAGCUAUGCCGACAUUCAUGUUCUUCAAGGAGGGGAAGCAAGUUGCUGUGAAUGGCCAAGCCAUGAUUCGGGGCGCUGACCCCAAGUCGUUGGCAGCCGCGGCAGAGAAGCUCGCCGCUUUGGCGACCCAGAAGGCCGGGGAGGCCGGGAAGGCAUAA